GAGAGAGAGAGAGAGAGAGAGAGAGAGAGAGAGAGAGAGACUUUGACUUUUAAAACUCUUUUAAUAAUCAACAUUCUUCACAGUUAACACAAACCAAAACUAAAACCAAAAAUCACCAAUUAAAACGUAACUCUCCAGUCUCAUCUCUUACCACAAGAGCAUCUUCCUCACUCCACCUCACAUCAAAACAGUACAUAUUCUUUAUUAACUUACAGUAUGUGUAUUCUACAGCAACUCGGAACUCCACUAGAGAUUUAAACAUUCCAAGCAAAUCAGUACUCGCCCCUUCAUUUUUACAUGUGUGAGAUUUUAAAAUAGCCAACUUUGCCUGUCCCAGUAGAAAGUUACCAAGUGUACACUUUGUUUUCCAUUCUUUCUUAUACUUCACACCAAAAAUAAACAUAUCCUUGGUAAACAUAAAACCAAGUGAGAGAGAGAGGCAAGCAGACAGAAAGAAAGAAGAAAGGUAGACCAACGGAGAAAGAGAUUGACAGACAGAUAGAAAACAUAAAUGGCAGAACAAACAAGCAGAAAGAAAGAAAGAAAGAAAGAAAGAAAGAAAGAAAGAAAGAAAGAAAGAAAGAAAGAAAGAAAGAAAGAAAGAAAGAAAGAAAGAAAGAAAGAAAGAAAGAAAGAAAGAAAGAAAGAAAGAAAGAAAGAAAGAAAGAAAGAAAGAAAGAAAGAAAGACAGACAGACAGACAGACAGGGAGAAAGACAGACAGAAAGAACAAACUAAUUGAAGAAAAGGUAAACAGAAAGAAAGAACGAACAAAUAUAAAGACAGAAAGGUAGACGGACACAGACAGAGAGACUGACAGACAGAAAGACCGAAAAAAAAACUAGAAAGUAUCUAGAAAGACAGACAGAACGAAUAAAUGAAAAAAUAAUUAAUAAAUAGUAGGAAAGAAAUGGAGACAGACAGAAAAAAGACAGAAAAAAGAAAGAAUAUGCUGACUCAUGGGCGUUGAAAUAAUGUAAAAGGUCAGGGUGGGGGUCAACCAAAUUUGAACCCUCAGUUAAAAUUGUUGCUACACUCUUUUUUUAUUUGCUUAAUUUGAGUUUCACACUUCCCUGAAAAUGUAUGCGUAGUUCCUGCCAAAAUACUUGACUAAUAAUACUGUAUAUGUUAAUUAUCCUCUAGUGCAGUGGUCACCAACCCUGCUCCUGGAGAUCGAACGUCCUGCAGACUGCAGCUCCAACCCUGCUUCAGCACACCUGUCUGUCAUGAUCAAGCAACCUGAACACCUUGAUUAGACAGUUCAGGUGUGUUUGAUUGGGGUUGGAGCUGAAAUCUUCAGGACGGUCGAUCUCCAGGAGCAGGGUUGGUGACCACUGCUCUAGUGUGAUGAAAUAAAUAUUGUACUGUUUAAACAUCACAUGUUAAUUCAAUAUCAUUGUAUUUUGGUAGUAACAGUUAAAACUACCUGUUUUUCACAAGCUGCUUGACAGAGCUGUCUCGUAGGAUGGAUCGGAAGUAUUUCCUAUAGUCUCAGACGUUUUGUCCAGUGCUGUGGGAGGCUUGUGUGACCCGUGUGUCAGCGGUCUCAUUGGCUCGUGGUUGUCAUGGGGAUGAUCUUGGCCGAGGUGCCCGUGGAAGGAGUGAUUUUGCCCUCUGAGCAGGUGCUUCGCAUCUUCCUCGAGCUCGGAGAGAAACAGCGCGUGCCUCAUUAGAGAUUCCGAAUCUAAUUACACUUAUCUACGUCCUCAUCUCUUUCCUCACAAAAUCUCAGGAAUCAUCUACAUCCCCUCUGCCACAUCCACAGAAAAGGAAAGCGGUGAUCCGGCGUGGGGUGAGGAGGGGGGUGAUGGUGGCAGUCUUUGAUCUGAUAGAAGGGCCCCUGCAGGGAUAGAGAACUGGGAUGGUGCCAGAACCCUCUUGGCUGACAGUCUUCUCUGCUGGUUGGCAGCUUGAAGGCUUUGGUGAUUAAUUCUACCGGGACGAUGAAAGCGGCUCUAGCCGGCGGCUCCGUGCCUCAGAAGACCAGGGACAUGGUCUAAACCCGGCCCAGCGUAGACCAGACCGGCCGUGUCUUCCCUGUCUGGCCAGCUGCCCAUCUGCCUGCCUGCCUGCUGCCUCAGGACCGACCACAGCAGGUGAUGGACCAGAGAGGAGAGAGAGAGAGAGAGAGAUGGAGGGGGUGGAAGGCACUCUGAUCCACACUGAACAAGCUUUCUUUUUGUUUCUCUGCUUCUGUCUCUCCUGUUUUAUUAGGUAGCAUCUUUUAUGUUGUGUCACUAUGCCACGAUAACCCCCGGACACGGUACAGCACCCUUUUUGAAAUGGUGAGCUGAGCGAGAGAGAGAGAGAGAGGAUUUGUGAUAGACGCAGAGGUGGGAAAAGAGAUGCAAAGGACGCACAGAUGAAACACACAGUCAUAUUUCUCGACCAGUCCACUAACUGCGGUUUAGAGACUCAUAAGGUGUGAUGUCUUCACCUGGCUGAGGAGGCUCUUCACGUUUCCAUUUCUUGGACGAGGAAGAAUGGAUGUAAGAAUGAACCAAGGACACCUAAUUCUGGCAGUGACCCUCAUCGCCUGCAACCCACAUCUGCUGGUGGUCGCCAACUCAUGGUGGUCAUUAGCCAUGAACCCCAUCCAGAGACCGGAGAUGUACAUCAUCGGAGCGCAGCCUCUGUGCAGCCAGCUGACGGGACUUUCUCAGGGUCAGCGGAAGCUGUGCCAGCUCUAUCAGGACCAUAUGGUUUAUAUCGGAGAGGGGGCGAAGACGGGCAUCAAGGAGUGUCAGUACCAGUUCAGACAAAGGCGAUGGAACUGCAGCACGGUGGAUAACACAUCGGUGUUCGGCCGCGUAAUCCACAUAGGGAGUAGAGAAACAGCAUUCACCUACGCCAUCAGCGCAGCGGGCGUAGUGAACGCUGUGAGUCGGGCUUGCCGUGAGGGUGAGCUCUCCACCUGUGGAUGCAGCAGGGCGGCUCGUCCAAAAGACCUUCCGAGAGACUGGUUGUGGGGUGGCUGCGGCGACAACGUCAACUACGGUUACCGCUUCGCCCGGGAGUUCGUGGACGCCCGUGAGCGUGAGAAAAACCACCCACGUGGAUCCCUGGACCAAGCACGCACGCUUAUGAACCUACAGAACAAUGAGGCUGGGAGAAUGGCGGUGUACAAUCUGGCUAACGUCGCGUGCAAGUGUCACGGAGUGUCGGGUUCGUGCAGCCUCAAAACCUGUUGGCUCCAGCUGGCCGACUUCCGGCGCGUCGGCGAGUUCCUGAAGGAAAAGUACGACAGCGCUGCCGCCAUGCGUAUCAACCGACGAGGCAAGCUGGAACUGGUGAACAACCGAUUCAACCCCCCGACGCCCGAUGACCUGGCCUACAUCGACCCUAGCCCCGACUACUGCCUGCGCAACGAGACCACCGGCUCCCUGGGCACCCAGGGCCGCCUCUGCAACAAGACCUCGGAGGGGAUGGACGGCUGCGAGCUCAUGUGCUGCGGCCGCGGCUACGACCAGUUCAAGUCCUACAAGCACGAGCGCUGCCAUUGCAAAUUCCACUGGUGCUGCUACGUCAAAUGCAAGCGCUGCACGUCGCUGGUAGACCAGUUCGUCUGCAAGUAGCACCCCGGGGAUGGGACGCACGCCCUGGAGAGGCACUGAGCAAUUAGUGGGAGACGAACAGGACCCUGAACGGACCCGUAGGGGGAACUUAGAGAUAAUUAAAUGUAAAAUGAUAUAUUAAAUAGCAACAAAUUAAAGUAUAUAAUUAAGUGUACGUGUGCCGGCGAUAGUAAUUUAAUGACUCUUUCUGACUCAACACACCCAAGUAGGAUGUCAUUGACGUAAAGGAGGCACCAGACCGUGUGUUUUGUUGUUAAGCUGUUGUCAAAAGUGCCUGGUCGACAAAUUUGGUGUGCGAUUGUAAAUUGAAAGAGGGUGCAACCCUCUGCUUUUUCUGAAAGAAAGAGCCUACGAACUCUUACAAGACUCUUUUUUGAGCUUUCGUGAGGGACCAAGGAAAAGUAGAGAUGCCGUAAGAGGACGGAGAACAACGGAAGAACCUUUUCUAGACCUGUGGUCCACGCACGUGCUGAUUCUCGACCACACUCCACCUUGCCCAUAUCAGAGCUCUUAAGAACCUCGAGUCAGAUGGUGACGUCAGGGGGGAGAAAUGCAGCGUGGACAUUGUGUUCCUCGUUGAUGUGUUGAUCAUUAAGAUAUGACAAGAACCUCCUGUAACCCUUCGCACAAGCCACUCCCCCAUGAUACCUGGAGAUGAGGGUGAACGACCGAACCCGGAGCAAGUAGCUACUGGUUGUUUUGCUUGGAUUGGGGCGUACAUCAACACGCCGUGCCCCAUUAUUUACCGCAGGAUUAAAAAUUCAGUCAUUUGAUUUUAUACAAAGGAUCCUUAAUGUUUGCCUGAACUCGUAACGCAUUUCAGGGGUUUCCAUCUGUCAUAUCUUGGAAUUACAUAUAAACUAGUGUGUUGUUCUGUCACUGUUGUUGUUGUUGGUGGUGGUUCGAACGGUGUGUCUCACAGUGAUGAACGUGUGUCUGGUAACAAAAAAAUCAAGGCUACGUGAUAAGGACUGCAAAAAAAUAUAUUAUCGUAACCAAAUACUAGUGGUUCAGAUUAUAUUUUAUUAAUUGCUUCUCAUUUUAUACAUCAUAUGUAUUGUUCUGAUUAUUAUUUUUUGAUAAAGAAGCUUUUUACUGGGGAUUUAUAUGCAAACAGAGGAAAUAUUAUUGGCUACUGGAUGGAAUGGGCAAACAGCCAACUUCUCCCACUGUACGGCCAAGGAACAAAACAAUAGGUUCAUUUGUGCAUACCAGAGCGUUUCGGAGGAAAACUUCACUUGUAAAUAUGUCAGUCAUAUAUUCAAAUAACACUUACAAAUAUUUACAGUCUCUGCGACCUUACCUCGUCAGUCUACAGUUUUUGCUGCCCUGUGAUCAUAUGCUUGUUGUGUGUAUUUUCCUUCAUUCAAACCAGUAAUAUUAAAAAUAUUAAUAGUGAUUACUUAUGGAGCUGCUUUAAUUUGGUGUCAAUUGUUUUUUUCUCACUUGUGUGCAUUUACAUUAUCACGUUUAUGGGGUUUUACAUAUAUAACAACAUUUCAUCUGCACCAAGUAGCAUUAGUUAAAAUAAUGUUCUACUGAUUCUGUUGGCCAUUUUAUACAGUAUUUUGAACUUCAAAGUAUAGUGAACAAAUGUUAAUGUAUUUUGGUUGUGGGGCUUGACCAUAUUUGCAUAUUUCUCAGUAAGUGAACGGCAGAAAUGUUUGUAAUGGUUAUACUAUAGUCUUUCCUCUUCUUCAUCAAGAUUCGGUUAUAAAUGUAUGGCUUAACUUGGAUUGGGCAGAUUUAUAGAUUCAAGGCAAGAUACAUUGCAUGUCAAUCCAUGUCAAAAUACUAGGGAUGUAACAAUAUCACAAUCUCACCGUACAAUAAUACCUCGGUGUAUAAAUUAAGUCCACGGUACGGUAUUUGUUGCAAUAUUUUUAAUGACAAAUGAUGACUUGGAAACGUGCCAUAAGCAUCCUCUUUUCUUCAUCCUCUAAUCAUAACUGUUGCUUAGAGGUGUGAGUUAUAGUAUGAGAUGGGUCAAAUUACCUAAAAAUUCCUUUUAUAAAAUAAAAUAAUUGCACCAGAUGGACCUAGUAUUAUUUUUUCUUACAUUCUCUAUGCUAGGCCCGGAAGACCUGUCAUUUCAUAUAGUCAUGUGACCACGAUAAUAAUGAGACAAUUUUGCUAUUGCGAUAACACGAAAUCGAUAAUAUUGUUACAUCCCUACAAAAUACCCUUUUCAUUAAUAAUAAAAACCAUUAUAAUGCUUAUCACAUUAUUUAUGUAUAUUAUUGUAGUUAAAGGGGAUGAAGCUAUGAUUUAUAUAUCAUUUAUAUUUAAGCAAUAAAUAAAAUUACUUA